CUUUUUACUUUCUUUCUCUCUCUCACAAUAUAACACCACUGAUUCACUCAAAAUCACACUUCUGAAUCACCAAUUCAAUGACCGAAUUUCUUUGUGUUCGAAGUGAUCAGCAUACGGUGACAUCAAUAGUUACAGGACUACGAUUCAGAGCAACAUGUAGCGUCACCAUAGAUCGAGAUGGCAUGGCAAGCCUUUGUCGGGGUGAACGAAUGACGCGUGGAGAGUUACUACCAGAAUUCGAUGGACGUAAGCGAUGAUGUACCAGAUUUGACCGAAUCAAAUUCACACGAUGGAAGCUCAGGGGAAAAAAUAGAAAGAGCUCAUGUACCAGUAAAAUGUAAAAAGCAGAUUGAAAAGUUUUACCUAAGGCAGGAUUUACCACGAACGUUUCCUGGUCAUCCUGCGUUAAAUGAGGAAGGUAGGAACUAGGCGGUUGCUUUUAGCUUAUGCUCGGCGCAACCCUGAUGUUGGCUAUUGUCAGGCAAUGAAUUUUUUUGCUGCAAUGUUGCUGCUAAUGAUGCCUGAAGAAAAUGCCUUUUGGACUUUGGUGGGUAUGAUUGAUGGUUACUUUUACUUUGAUGGAUACUUUACAACCGACAUGAUAGAAUCCCAGGUCACGACGCUACGAAACCAACCGGUGAAGUUUACGACGCAGGACACGCAAAGUUGUAACUAAGGUGGAUGUACGUGCGGUCUUACUCUUGCUUCUGGAUGUCGUUUAUGAUUUUAGCUAUGUUAUGUCAAGACUCCUGUGCCUAUUUUGUGGGAUUUGGUCAUUAUAUUCCACCCUGUGUGGUGAUAUAAUAAUCAAAGCCUUGAUGUUCGUCUUUUAAAUAAAGUUGUAAACUUUUAAAACAAUUAUUAGUCAUGUGAUGUAAACACUUAUCUUGAACUA